AUGCCUUACUACAACAUUCCUGCCAAAAGAAUUCUUUCAACUUCCACUUAUAAUGACAUAACUCUCAGUAUUGUCCAAGAUUAUUUAAAUUAUUAUUACAUUGAAGUCAUUGAAGUCAAGUUAAUGCGUUUUACUAUUAGUGAUACUUUCACGGUUCCGAAUGUCAAUGAAGUAAUAAAUUUUCAAAACGGUUCGACUGUGUCUCCAAAUUGUUUUAUUCUUUUUAGAAGAGAGGUACAAACUCGCAUUUCGGACAAAGGUUUACGCAUAGGAAGGACUACUUUAUCUAAACUCUUAAGUGCUAUUUGGAAAGAUUUAAGGGAAAAUGAGCCAAAUCUCGUGAAUUCGUUUAAAGCCGUAGCAAGCAAUGCAGCAAGAAUUUUUUGUGGAAGAAGAUUGC